AUAGAGACUAUGAUUAAGUCGUCAUUGAUUGUUUCCACUUUAUUGGAAAAGCUAGUGAUUCAUGUGACCAAAGAAAGAGAAAGGUGGAAAAAACUUGGCUGACUUUGUAAAAGCUGAAGGAAAAAAGAGAGGGGGGAUGAGUCAGCCAGGUAGAUGACAGGUGAAAAAGGCUCACUCGCUUGAUGUCUUCCUGUAUAUAAGCACUCACAUGUUCAUGAGACACCUGUAGGGGACAGAGGAAAAGAAAGACAGGGAGAAAGGAAGAGUUAGGGGGGAAGGAAAAGGAGAGAAGGGGUGGUCUUUGAGGUAGUAGAGCCAAGCAGUUACCAUGGGAAGGUCCCCUUGCUGUGAUAAGAUUGGCAUCAAGAAAGGGCCAUGGACUCCUGAAGAAGACAUCAUCUUGGUCUCAUAUAUCCAAGAGCAUGGUCCUGGAAACUGGAGAGCAGUCCCUGCAAACACUGGCUUGCUAAGAUGUAGCAAGAGUUGCAGACUAAGGUGGACUAAUUACCUCAGACCUGGAAUCAAGCGUGGCAACUUCACCCCACAUGAAGAAGGAAUGAUCAUCCAUCUUCAGGCCUUGCUUGGUAAUAGGUGGGCAGCAAUAGCUUCUUACCUUCCCCAAAGAACAGACAAUGAUAUAAAGAACUACUGGAACACCCACCUCAAGAAGAAGAUUAAGAAGUACCAGACAGCAAUCGAUAAUUAUAUGAUCUCAACUGACUCAGGCUCCACCCACCAUGACAUAAUAUCGAAAGGCUAUCAGAAGGAUGCAAUUAGGAAUCCAGACCUCGCCGGCUCACACUCGCCACCCUCCAGGUUCCACCAGAGCCCUUCCACCUAUGCUUCCAGCACCGAGAACAUCUCAAGACUCCUCGAAGGAUGGAUGCGGUCAUCGCCAAAGUUCACACAAGACAAGAACCAGCGAAGUAACAUCAUCGACAACGAAGACAAUGAAUCACUAGGUGAUCAAGGGAGCUACGCUGCAGUGACUAAAGAAAACCUGGACUCACUAAUCUCAUUAGAGAACUUUAGCAGCAUUGUUCUCCAAGGGCCAGAGCUGGCUCAAGCUGAUGCUGAGACCAAACAUGGGGUGGCGGAGGGCCAACAGCAGCCACCCUUGUUCUUCCUGGAGAAGUGGCUCCUCGACGAGGCCUCGGGCCAGGUGGAUGGCCUCAUGGAACUCCCUGCUGACUGCUGCUCAAACCCAAUGCUGUAGUCUUCAUGUAAUGAACUCUUAAUUCCUCUGCAGAAGUUUGCAUGACUGGAAACAGAAACCAAGUGCAUGAGCUGCCUAAUGACCAAUUAGAAUUAUUAUUAUUAUUAUUAUCUAUGAAAACUUUUGGAAUAAGUACUAAAGGCAAGUGCAAAUGAUCUAUUGUCACCAAAUGUAAAAGGAAAGAGCAAUGCUCCUAUGGGAUUGUAUGAAAUAAAUCAAGCUUCAGCUCUAAGUUUUACUUAUGGAUAAGUA